AUGCCCCCUGUUGUGAUCCAAGUUGGAUCUCGCAUUUUCCGGUUUGGACUCGCCGGCGAGUCCAGGCCCUUGUGCACAUGGGAGACCAGUGACUUCGCCCACAGACGACAUAUAGGCCUCCUCCCCAACGAAUACUCUCCAGAGGAAAACAGAGCCAUCUCGAAGCUGGAAUACCUGUUCCACCCCAACAUUCUGGAUUUCGAGCUAGAGAAUGGCCUAUACUCAUUUGAAUACACAAUGAAUCUCCAUAUAUUCGAUAUUCUCCAUUACAUGUUUAAAAAGGUUCGAAUCAACGCGGUCAAUGCCAACGUUGUCCUCGUGGCUAACAGCAUGCUCAACCAAAAGUAUAGAGACAUUCUGCGAUACCAACUGCUGGAGAAGUUGCAUGCGAAAAGCACCGUUUUUCUUGAAGAGCCAUUGAUGGCCACUCUGGCCGCAGGAACAAGAUCGGCGCUAGUGGUAGAUGUAGGUUGGCAUUUCGCGCUGGUCGAGCCCGUGUACGAUCUUCGGGUACUGAAGAACCACUCGAAGUGGUCCAAAAGGGCAGCAAAGUGGCUGAGCUUGAACAAUGCUGACGUGGACCUGCUGUUUGACUCGAACGACGACAUAUACGAAAACGACGAAAAAACACCGUCGCAGCUGUUGAUCGAGCUGUACCGCGAGCUACCGAUCGAUCUGCGCAAACCGCUUUACGAAACCAUCAUCUUUGCCGGCGGGCUGGCCCAAAACGAGCAGCUGAUUCAAACAAUUUUGCAUGAGUUGAAGGCAGAAAACAUCCACGCCUCGCCGGUGGUCUCGUUAGGCGCAUGGGCGGGCGCCAGCAUAUACACAGACAACGUGCUUUCAAAGGACGGCAAUUGGAACUCGAUGGGCAGAAUAAAACGUGAUAAUUAUUAUACACCUUGA